GUAAUGGCUGUAACACCUGGAACGAAAUGUGAGCUGUGUGGAGCUGAGGGGAACAAGACCUACGUAUGUAAGGUAUGCGGGAAGACAAUCUGCGGCGACUGUUUGGCCAGUGGGAGAUUCAUUGGUACCAAGAAAUGCAAAGCUUGCACUGGAGACGCUAUAACGCCAACGAAGACUCCCAGCCCGCAGACCAAGGGCGAAACCGAUGGUAAAAGGAGCGUCAUCAUGGCGCCUUUCUCAAAGCUUGGUGAUGCAGCCAAAGCUGUUGGGCACAUUGGAAAGUCGGCCGUGAAGGAGACAGCUGGAGCUGUAGGGGCAGUGGGGUCGGCGGCCACUGGGGCGGUCGGGGCCAUGGGGUCGGUUGCCACUGGGGCGGUCGGAGAGGCCGCUAGCAUUGCAGGGGCUGGCAUUGGCAAAGUUGGACAGUUUACAAGACUAGUUGGUAGCUUUGAUUCUAACGAGGGAGGGGGCUUGCUGGAUAUGAAUGACCCUACACUGAAAUUCGGUUGGGACUUGUACGCUCUCCUCAACGUGACCAUCAUAGAGGCUUCGGGCCUGAAGGCCGCUGAUUCUAAUAUAGUUGGAAAAGCUACAAGCUCCGAUCCCUACUGUGUGGUUAAGCUCAUGAGCGACAACAUAUCACGACGCUCCCCGAUAUGUAAGAAGACGCUGUCCCCUGUAUGGAACCACGAGUGCUCUACUAUGGUCGUCAAUGUGCCCUGCCAAACUAUGAAGAUUCAGAUGUACGAUUGGGACGCAGCAUCGGAUGAUGACCUCAUUGGAGAGGCCUUGCUAGAUCUAACACAUCUAGCUCCCUCUACGAAAACCACUGGUUGGCUACCACUCCAACUAUAUGGCGAACCCGCUGGAGCUGUACACCUCUCGCUGGAGAUCAAGUUCACCCCGUGGUCCGAAAAGAUCGCCUUUGUACAGGAGGAGAUGGUGGCCAAGCCAAAGCCCAAGCCCAAGUUCGACAUUAACGCUCUAUAUGGCCCUGCAAUGUGGCUCGCCGACGCCCUUUGGUUUCACUGGCUGCAGCCAAUCGUGAUGGAGCAUGUGCUCCCUAUUCUGAUGUGGGAGAGUUGGUUGAAGUCUCUGCUGGCCCUGCUCAUCUACAUUGUAGCGAGCUACUAUGCAGUGUAUUGGCCAGCCUUAGCUUGCUGGAUCACGGCUGCUGCGAUGAUGAGGAACAAAACAUUGAAGGGUUACGAACGUUUCAUGGCCAACAAGUCCAUGACCAGCACUUUGGAUAAGUCGGGCAAGCCGAUCUUACUCGAAGUUGAGGAGGCCAACACUGAUGAUGUAGAACAACAGGAGUUCGGUGGCCUUAUUAGGACCUUUACACGAAUGUCACCAGGAUGGGUGAAACAGAUGGCUGCCCAGUUCCAGCCGACCCUCAAGACCAUCGUGGACGUCGUGGCCUUGGCUAGAAUGAUCAUCUUAUGGAGACAUGAGCUCUCCAAGAAGGUCUUCUUGGGUCUCCUUGGUGCCGGUGUGGUCCUAUGCUUCCUCCCAUUCUGGGUGUUGGUCAUGGCCGCUGGAGUUGGUAUCCUAUUGGCCAAUUCUCCCCUAAAGGGGCUUUUCAUCGGCCUUGCUAAAUACGCUGCCAGACCGCACCCAACUGGAGACAUUGGUCUUCUUGACUCUAUGGAAGAACACCAUCACAGUAGCGACUACAACAAACUGAUCGUUCAGAAACGACGCUCGAAGACCAAAGAGACCGUAUCUUCCGAGACCCCUCUCACAACUGGGAGGUCCUCAUCGCCGCCACUUCAAUAGUGGAUGAUGACUUGUAAUCGUAUUCCCACAUUAUUUGUAGCUAUAAUACUAGGAGCUGACUAUGAGUAUCAAAUUUC